AUGUUCGAAACUCUCCCCUCGGGAAGGAGAACUUUUGACGUCUUCAUCCAGGAAGAGAAGGUAAUGAAGCCUCUAAGAAAUCACACAUCACAUUUCUUUUCUCAUUGCCGAACCAGUUCAUCUGAAUCAUUAAUUUAGUCCUUUUCCCUGCCACGAUGUGAGGAUAUUUUUUCAGGUCGUUUCUGGCAUAGACAUUUAUGCAAAGGCUGGUGCGAAUCGGCCAUUGGUUUUAUCUGAUCUGAGGGCUUCGGUCCGUGGGAAUGAGGGCCUGACGAUUAGAUUUGAGGCUGUAUCGGGAAACCCCAUAGUUUGCGGCAUUUCAAUAAGGAACGAUGCUUCUUCAGGUGCUUUCCUCUCAUCUACAUCUUUUUGUUCAAUCUUUACAAAUUUUUUGGGCAACAUGAAAUCAAUAGAUUGCUGCUGCUGAUCGUUGAUUUUCGUGUACUUGGAUAACCUUUUCAGUAACUGCGAAGAAAAUUGAGUCCCAAGUAUCCAAACGCAUCUCGUCGUACUUGGCCAAAUACGGAGAGAGCCCUCAAAUACCAGAGGUUAAUUAAAGAAAAAUAGUGACCAGUGGAUACGAGUAAGACAACUGAUGUCUUCAAAAGCACCGUCGAAUUAAAUAUGAGCCCUUUGACGCAUUUUUCAGGAAAAAGGUAGUGACUACGCAAGGCUGCAACAAAACUAUAACUCUCUUAAAGACGAGAACGAGAGAAUCAAGAGAGAUCUGGAAGAUGCUAGGAAGGAGAAGGAACUCACGAGUAAGGAAUGCCAUGAGGCGUGGAUGUCACUCCAAGAGCUUCAGACAGAACUCAUGCGCAAGUCAAUGCAUGUUGGCUCUUUAGGUGUGAAACACGUUUGAGCUCUUUCGUCCAGAGGAAAAGUCCCCACCUAACAAAGUGUAACCUCUCGUUUCUUCAGCCUUUGCUGUAGAGGGACAAGUGAAGGAAAAGACACGAUGGUGCUCAGCUUUGAGAGAGCUGAAUGAGAAAUUUGAGGUAUGAAUGCUAUUACUCUUGGUCUUCUGAAACCAUGGUAGUGAUGUUUGAUUUUUCCUAUAAUUCACAUUUUUUCUCUUUUCACCCGAUUGCGAUAGUUCCUAAAGUUGGAGCAUGCAAAGGUAUCUUCAGAGGCAUCAAAAUAUAGGAACUGUCUUGCAGACAUGAGUUCAAUAACAGCAACAAUCCAGUCAGCAAGUGAGUAUACCUACCUUGCACUAAGAAUGUCAUCUCUGUAGCAGCUUGUUGGCUUCUGUUUCCUUGUUAUUACAAUCAGCGCAUAAUCUACAUUGCAUUUUCUCCCAAUUGAUAGUGAAUGAUCAUUCGAGUUCGGGCAAGGAGCUCACUGAACUUCAGAAAAAGUUUGUUAAAGAGACUAAAGGGAGGAAAGAGCUUUACAACAGGAUUUUGGAGCUAAAAGGUUAGAGACGAUUGAGUUACAGUUUAUAUAGGGUAGCAUCAUCUUGUGUUGUUGUGAAAUCAAAGAGAGUAAAAGGUCUUAUUUUAACCUGAUUUUACUAUAGGAAACAUAAGAGUCUUUUGCCGAUGUCGACCAUUGAAUCAAGAAGAAGUAUCGAAGGGCGAUUCAGUUGUUGUUGACUUUGAGUUUGCCAAGGAUGGCGAGCUUGUAGUGAGAGCACCUGGAUCACAACGAAAGGUCUUCAAAUUCGACUCUGUUUUUAGUCCUCAAGCAGACCAAGGUAGUCAUUAAUAUUCUUCUGGCCAUCUAUACAGCACCGACAGUAAUUAACCCAUCGAUGUUUAUCUAAUCUUUUCACCUUUGCUGUUAGAGAUGAUUUUCGAGAAUACUUCACCUUUUGCAACAUCAGUUUUGGACGGAUACAACGUCUGCAUAUUUGCUUAUGGGCAGACUGGAACGGGAAAGACGUUCACCAUGGAAGGCACAAAAGAUGCUCGUGGUGUAAACUAUAGAAUCCUAGAGGAACUCUUCAGGAUCGUGAAAGAAAGACAGGGACUGCUUGAGUAUGAAAUUUCUGUCAGCGUGCUGGAGGUGUACAAUGAACAAAUUCGUGAUUUGCUUUUAUCUGGAUCGCAGCCAGGAGUGGCUGCCAAGAGGUAGGCACCCAGAAAGAAGUUUGCCCUAAAAUAUCAUUCAUUAUGAUGAAUCUGACCCUUGAUAUUUUCAUUCAAGGCUAGAGAUAAAACAAGUGGCAGGAGUUCACCACGUCCCGGGACUUGUAGAGGCUCGAGUUAGCAAUAUGAAUGAGGUAUGGGAAGUGCUACAAACUGGAACCAAUGCAAGAGCUGUGGGAGCUACUAACUGUAAUGAGCACAGUAGUCGAUCGCACUGGUAAUUCUCAAAAAGGAACUAUAGGAUCGUACGUAUUCUGACAUGUAAUUUUUUUCAAGAUUUGUGACCUUUGAAGUUCUUGUCAACACAGCAUCCACUGUGUCAUGGUGAAGGGGCAGAAUCUAAUUAGUGGAGAGUGCACAAGAAGCAAGUUAUGGCUCAUUGACCUGGCUGGAAGCGAAAGAGUGGCAAAGACUGAUGUUCAAGGAGACCGUCUGAAGGAAGCACAGAGCAUCAACAAGUCCCUCUCAGCUCUUGGUGAUGUGAUAUCUGCACUCGCGACUAAAAGUCCCCAUAUUCCUUUCAGGUGAAGAACAUGCAAGGUCUUCCCAUGCUCAGCCUGCUCGAUCUUAUAUCACUUCUCUAAAAAUGAUUAUUUCUUCGGCAAUGCGUGCAGGAAUUCAAAGCUUACCCACUUGCUGCAAGACUCCCUGGGUAUGCUUGGUCUCAUAGGUUGCUUGUGUUUUCUCCCUUGUGUACUUAGUGGUGUUUCUCCACUAAGUAGGGAUUUUUUUUUGAGUUAUCAAGAACUGAUUUCUACGAUGUGUUCCCAGGUGGGGACUCGAAAACUCUAAUGUUUGUGCAGAUCAGCCCCAAAGAGAAUGAUGCAGCUGAGACAUUGUGCUCCCUAAAUUUUGCAAGUAGAGUAAGGGGUAUAGAGCUUGGUCCAGCCAAGAGGCAGUUAGACAGCAGUGAGGCAUUAAAGAGCAGGCAUAUGGUACAUAUAUAGCCCAUCCAUCACUUUGAUCAGUUAUUUCGAUGUGGUAAUAAUAAAUAGAUCGCUAUUGGUUAUAUGUUGUCUCUCGAAUGUUGUAAUUCCUUGUUCUGUUAUUCAUCGAAAUGCAUUCUCAUUUUAUUCACAGUCAUUGGCCUUUGACAUCAACCGGUGGUCCCCUUUUCUUACUUAAACUUUUAGCUAGAGAAGGCCAAGCAAGAAAUCAAGGGCAAGGACGAUCAAAUCAAGAAGAUGGAGGAGGCAGCUAAUUGCCUAGAAUCAAGGAUAAAGUCAAAGGACGUUAGCAUCAAGCACCUCCAAGACAGGGUACGUGACCACAUUCUCUGCUUUGUGCGAUGUCAAGAUUAGUAACACGUUCUAUUGUUGAAAAGGCAGUAAUCAAAAGAUUUGUCGGUCUCUGCGGCUCCAUGCUGUCUAGAGAUGUUAUUGACUUUAGUUAAUCUCAUGAUUUAUAACCAAUAAUCGUGGAUUUAGUUAAUGUGUUCGCCACUGAACAACUACAUGGGAGCAAAGUGUUGGGUAAACAGACUUCUGUUGCCUGAUGUUUAUAGUUUUCUCAGAUUUGUCAACGAGUUUUGUAAAAAGUGUCUGCAUUGGUUUGAGAAAGAUUACCAAAAUCCUGUGCCCAUAGCGUCAGGAUUUAAAAAUUAGAAAAAGAAGGAAAUACUCUUCUUUGCCUUCAAAAUUGAAAGGGCAGGUAAUUAAUUCCUCAAAUCAUGUAAAUUGUAAUCGCCCAUUUUUUCUUUCUGUGCACAUCUACGAACCCGACCACUCUGAGCAUUGUUAGAAAAUCAGCUCAAUAACUUCCUCCUUAAUGCAUGGUUUAUCAGCCAACUGCUCAGAUACCAGCAUCCCCUUGACAAAAACAUUUUCUUUUCACUGAAUCCUCAAAUCACGCACUACUGUUAGACUUCCACAUGGUUUCUGCCCGACAUUCUGCCCUUCACUGACUAAAUGUCCGCAAAAAGUCAACGGCAAAUCACUUAUUUACACGUUCCGCCCCCACCCUUUACGCUCAGGCCCUAGAUUCGGAUCGUGAUUACGAUUUUCCGUACUCUGUUGGGUUGUUCGAUGUGAAUCAAAACGCGGAGCACAGAUAUAGAUCAUCAUCCAAUGCCCACAUUCUCCCGCAGGUGAAGGAGCUGGAAUCGCAGCUAUUAAUUGAAAGGAAGCUGGCGAGGCAGCAUGUGGACACCAGAAUAGCAGAGACUCAUCACCAGCUGCAGAGAUUGCAACAACAGGAGCGAGACCUUUCUGCAACAUCUAACAACAGUAACAGGCCCCCCCUGACCGUAAGGCCACCACCACCCUCCGACAACCAGGUCAACGUGGCAGACACCGCCAUCGCCGCCGCAUUGACUGACGGCCCCACCAAGUCGCCGCCAUCGUCGCCGCCGCCCGACGACUAUGCGAGAUACUUUCCGGCGAUGCUAAAGGAGAACAAGCCGGCGGUGGGGGCCAGGUUUGCAACCUCCCCUGCGUGCAAUAGGCGGGUUUCCAUGGUUCCAGCGCCCCGCCGCGAGUCCCUCAUCCCGCCGCCGGCGGUGAGGCCCAUGGAAGCGCCGCUACUGACGCUUCUCGCCGGCGCCGGCGAGGUCUCUCCGCCUUUGUCCGGCGCUGUCACCGGCGGGGGCCUACGGGGGCAGGCCAGAAGCGGUGGCGCGAGAAGAAUCAGCAGCAUACUGAGGAGGAGCCUGCAGAAGAAGGUGGUCAUAAAGCCCCCGCUGCAGCAGUUCGUCCGGCGGGGCGCCGGUCAGAGCAACAGGGAAGACAAGGGCGGCGGUGGGGUUUAUGCGGCGGUGCCGCCGUGGGGUAGGGCGCGGAGGCUGGCGGAGUGGGAGCAGCAGCAGCAGAGGUUGCGCAAGGAGAAAGAGCGGCAGUGGGGGAUCUCAGGGCGGCGGCGGCAAGAAACCUGCUGA